AGAACUGUCACAAUCCAAAGUCCGAGUGUUGCAACAGCAUGCACUAACUUCUACUAUCGAACGCACUUGAAAGGAUUUCUCUGGAUUUAGAUUUAAAAAGAACUGGAUUUAGAUUUAAAAAGAACAAAUGAGAUGACUGCUCAUAUCUACAAGUACUGAUUCACAAAAUGGUAAAAAGCGUUCUGGUGGCCUACGCCCUGUGGGCAGUAGGUGGACCUCUAGGCCUUCAUCAUCUCUAUUUAGGAAGAGACAGUCAUGCUCUGCUGUGGAUGCUGACAUUGGGCGGAUUUGGGUUUGGAUGGAUCAGAGAGGUCAUCCGUAUUCCGGCAUAUGUCAGGGCAGCCAAUAAAGAUCCAGAAAAAGAAAGAAGAAAGGAAAACAACAGGGUGCCCCCACCUCCCGGCCCUGUCCGGUUUGCUGGACAAGUGUGUGUCGGGAUGUACUUUGGUGCUGUGGCUCUGAUAGGACUUAACUCCCUCAGUUUCUUCUACUUGAUUGUCCUGCCGUUGAGUGUGGGUGCAGGGGUUCAUCUGGUGUCCAGUGUUGGUGAACAGACCUCAGACCUCAAAAAAACCUUGACAGCUUGUCUCAUGAUGUCACCAGUGUUCUAUGGCAGCACCCUGUCCCCACUUCCCAUAAGCCUGGCUGCUAGUAUCACUGCUUCCCAGCAUCGCAGGUUCAAACCUCCACAGACAACCAGCAGCACACAGAAAUUAGGUCCAAGACUUUAUAAGCUCGCUCUUGCCUGGCUUGCCUUCUCUGCCCCAAUAGGUUACUGUAUUUUUUACAACACCACAGCCACUCUGUACUACAUUUCCGACUCUAUUGCAGCACUCCUGGAUAUUUUCUGGUUUCUGCCUUGGCUCAGGGGGUUGCUGGAGUACAUUCUUUUAAUUCCCUAUCGGAUUCUGUGCGCACUCACUGGAGGGGGAUACCAGGAGGAAGCUUGGAGAAAGAUUCUGGAAAUACUGCUCAAAGAAUACACGGAGAAGGAGAAACAGGCCCUGCAGGUUUUUUCAUUAAAGUCAGAUGCCUCUCUUGAAGAAAUAACUCGAAGCUAUAGGGAGUUGGCCAAAACAUGGCAUCCAGACCACAACCCCAGUCAAGAGGCUGAGGCAAUGUUCCUGAAGGUUCAGGAAGCUUAUGAGGUCCUGCUGCGCUGGCACAAGCCCCAACGAUUCCAAUAAUGUGCCCGGAUUCCUCACUUUUCGGAUUAUUUUAAAGUCAGGACUAAAUUUUUCUUUCUUAAAUAAAAACUACAACUUCAAAAAUAUGAAUUGUCUCCGCCCCUUCCUCACACCUAAGACUGUCUCCAUCCUGGUCCACAGCCUCAUCAUCAGUCGUCUCGACUACUGUAACUCCCUCCACUUUGGCCUCCUUCACAAACUUCUCCAUAAACUUCAACUGGUUCAAAAUUCAGCAGCUCGGAUCAUAACUAAACACCCCCUCUCCCACCAAAUCACGCCAAUACUCCAGCAGCUGCUCUGGCUCCCGGUUCCAUCCAGGAUCUACUUCAAAAUACUAUCCUGAAUACUUUCAAAGCCAUCCCUGACCUCGCCCCUCUCCAUCUCUCCAAUUUGAUCCACAUUACAAUACCAUCCCGCUCCCUAAGACCAACAUCCUCUCCACACCUGACUGUUCCCUCUGCCCCCCUCAGCACCAGUGGGUGCAGAGCUGUUCUGCCCCAAACUCUGCAACUCACCUCCACUCUACAAUAUGAAUAAAAACUGCCUUCCUUCCUAUAAAACAAAACUCAAAACCCAGCUGUUCAAACUAUCAUAUUACUAGUUGUCUCCAUCACCACCUUUUUUUUUUGUUUUUCAAUUUAUUGCUUUUAAUUGUGUUUUUAUCUUGUCUUAAAACAGUGUCCCUGAAUGGUGCUUUUAAAUCAAACAUAUUUGAAUUAUUAUUAAAAAUAGGGCUGCACAGUGGCGCAGUGGUUAGCCCUUUUUGCCUCACAGUGAGAAGGACCACUUCAAAUCCUAGCUGGGACCCCUUUCUGUGCGGAGUUUGCAUGCUCUCCCUGUGCAGACAUGGGUUUUCUAACUCUCAACUGGUUUCUCCUCACAGUCAAUAGACAUGCUUCAUUGGUU